CACGAUGCGGCAAUCGAUGAUGAAGUCUAUAAUAAAUCCAAGCUUGAAAACGAUGGAAAGACGGGAUUUUUGGAAGUGGGAAAGAGGAUUCAGAGGUUUUCCCAGUCCUUGCGAUCCAACAAAGGAUGAGUCUUUGAGAUGGCGUUGUUGCGGAAGUGGUUUCAUCGGAAGCCGCCUGAUGGGCUUCUGGAUAUCUCUGAUAGGGUUUUUGUGUUUGAUAGCUGCUUCUCUACUGAUGUAUCUGAAGAUGAUGAAUACAAGACCUAUGUGGGUAACAUUGUAUCACAACUCAGAGACCAAUUUCCAUCGGCUCUUUUCAUGGUCUUCAACUUUCGGGAAGGAGUUAGACAAAGCUGGCUAGCUGAUAUUUUAUCUGAAUAUGAUGUGACUGUCAUGGACUAUCCUCGGCACUAUCAAGGGUGUCCUUUGCUCACCAUGGAAAUUAUCCACCAUUUCUUGCGGUCAAGUGAAAACUGGCUUUCUUUAGGUCCGGAAAAUAUUUUACUGAUGCAUUGCGAGCGAGGUGGGUGGCCAGUCUUAGCUUUCAUGUUAGCAGGGCUCUUGAUUUAUCAAAAACAGUAUACUGGUGAACGGAAGACAUUGGAUAUGAUCUAUAAACAAGCUCCUCGUGAAUUAUUGCAGUUAUUCUCUCCAUUAAAUCCUUUGGCUUCGCAAAUUCGAUACUUGCAGUAUAUUUCGAGGAGGAAUUUUGGAUCUGAAUGGCCUCCAGUUGAGAGGGCUUUGACUUUAGAUUGUGUGAUCCUUAGGAAAAUUCCUAAUUUUGAUGGUAAGGGUGGCUUCAGACCAAUAUUUCGGAUUUAUAUGCAGGAUACCCUCACUGCUGCUGAUCAGACUUCACCAAAGCAAAGCAAAAGUGUUCAGCUUUACAAACAGGCAGACUCUGAAGUGGUUAAAAUUGACAUUUGCCGCCACAUUCAAGGAGAUGUUGUACUUGAGUGCAUUCAUGUAGACGAGGAUUUGCAACAUAAAGAGAUGGCAUUCAGUUUUGUGUUCAACACAGCAUUUAUUAGAUCGAAUCUGUUGAUGCUAAACUGUGACGAGAUUGAUAUUCUGUGGGAUUCCAAGGACCGGUUUCCAAAGGAUUUCAGAGUGGAGGUUCUUCUUUCAGAAAUGGAUGCAGUUGCUUCAGUCACUGCUAUGGAUUUGCGCCGUAGUGAAGAAAAAGAAGGCCUUCCGGUUGAAGUAUUUUCCAAGGUGCAAGAAAUGUUCAGCAACAUGGAUUGGUUAGAUGCAAACACCGAUGCAACAAAGACUUCGGUAGACAAUAUGGGUAUGAUUUUCCAAGAGAAAGCGGAAAAUCAUGCCAUGCCACGAGAACAAACUUCAUUGCCAUUACCAUUGAAACAUGAAGGUCAACAACUUCCACCAAUGCCACCACCUCAACCACCUCCUCCGCCAUCAACUCCACCGCCCCAACGACGGCAGUCGUCAUCUACACAUGGGGAUUGUAUUACUUUUCCUUUGCGCUCUAGAACUUCACCACUUCCUAGUGAAGUAACAUCCUCAUUGCCUCCAACUCUUCAACCAGUUUCCAUUGGUGUUGCCCCUCCUUGUCCUCCUCCUCCCCCACCAAUUCGUUCUCAACGUGCGUCACCAAAAAUUGCACCUUCAACACCACCUCCACCCCCGCCUCCAUCGAGGACUUCUAGUAUUUACUCAUCCAAGUCUAACUCCAAAGAAAACAAGGGGAAAGACAAUGACAUUGUCUUACAGUCAUUAAAUGCUGGCGCGGUAUCAACAACGAAACCAAUUGGUGUGAUGGGGCGAGGAUUAAGACGCAGUAUAAGCCCAAAAAAUUCACAGUUUACCAACUCAUCAUCUAGAAAAAUUUUGAAGCCUUUGCAUUGGGUAAAAGUAUCAAGGGCAAUGAAGGGGAGCUUAUGGGCAGAGCCACAUAGACCUGAUGAAGCUUUCAAAUCUUUGGAGAUUGACAUGUCUGAACUUGAGAACCUUUUCUCAGCAGCAGUGCCAAGUGCAAAAGAAAAAUCAAGUCGACGUUCUUCGGUUGGUUCAAGAACAGAGAAAGUUCAUUUGGUUGAUCUCAGAAGGGCCAAUAAUUGUGAAAUAAUGCGUACAGGAGUCAAGAUGUCCACAACUGAUUUGCUGAACUCAGUGCUUGCCCUUGAUGACUCCAUUUUAAAUGCCGAUCAAAUUGACAGCCUUACAAAGUUAUGUCCAACAAAGGAAGAGAUUGACCUAUUACAGGGUUACACAGGUGAUAAACAAAAAUUGGGCAAAUGUGAACAAUUCUUCCUAGAGUUGAUGAAAGUGCCACGAAUGGAAUCCAAACUGAGAGUCUUCUCAUUUAAGAUCCAAUUUCAUUCUCAGGUUGCAGAACUUAGAAAUAACUUGAACACUAUCAACUCUACAGCAGAAGAAAUCAAAAGCUCCAUCAAACUGAAAAGAAUCAUGCAGACCAUACUUUCCCUUGGAAAUGCACUUAAUCAAGGAACAGCCCGGGGUUCUGCCAUUGGAUUUAAGCUGGAUAGCCUUCUUAAACUCAGUGAUAUCCGGACACGGAAUAGUAAGAUGACACUCAUGCAUUACUUGUGCAAGGUUCUUGCCGACAAACUUCCUGAAGUUCUUGAUUUCGAGAAGGACAUUCCUAGCUUGGAAACUGCAGUGAAGAUACAAUUGAAGGUUUUAGCUGAAGAAAUGCAAGCGAUAAGCAAAGGUUUAGAGAAAGUUGAACAGGAAUUAACAUUGUCCGAAAAUGAUGGUCUUGUGUCACAAGCAUUUCAUAAGACUUUGAAGGCAUUUCUUGUUUCUGCCGAAGCUAAAGUAAGAACACUAACUUCACUCUAUUCCGGAGUGGGUAGAAAUGCCGAUGCCUUGGCUCUUUAUUUCGGGGAAGAUCCAGUACGAUGUCCAUUCGAGCAAGUGGUCUCAACACUUCAUACUUUUGUGAAAAUGUUCGGCCGGGCGCACGAAGAUAACUGUAAACAGGUUGAACUGGAUAAGAAAAGAGCGCAAAAAGAAGCCGAAAUGGAAAAGAUGAAACUUAGCACACCAAAGAAAGAAAUAGAACACAAUAUGCCGAUUUCUAGUAAUACAAGAAGUUAAAUGGAGAUAAAUCAAAGCAAUCAGAGAUGAAAUUUAUUGAGAGUUUCAUGUCACAAGCAUUGAAUAUUUAGCUUCACUUUGAUUAUUAUCAUUAUUAUUACAAUGUUGUAUAUAUUAUAUACUUUUGCUUUUUCGGCAUUCUUUUGUAUCUAUGUACUAAUAAAGUGCAUAUGUAUAUGAUCACUUUGUCGAUGAAAAUGCUUGUUCUUACCGCUUUUAUUGUUUCCAAAUGUAACAAAUUUUUUUCUU